CAUACUGACUUAUGAAACGCGCUUUCAAAGCGUGCCCAAUAUGAAAAUCGGCAGACACCUCCAAUCAUCUGAGUCGCAUCGACUUGCCAUGGCAUUCCGGCGCCGAAACAAGAGUUACCCUUUCUUCAGCCAGGAGUUCCUCAUCCAGAACCACGCCGACAUCGUCUUCACUUUGGUGAUUUUGAUUUUGAUUGGAUUGAUGUUCGAGGCAACGGCAAAGACGGCCAUAUGGUUCAUCCAACCCCAGUACAACGUCACCACACUGACACCAGAGGGGGAAGUGACGUUGUAUCAUUACGGGUGGAAGGACUGCGCCACCGUCCUCUUCUACUUCUUCAUCGCCAUCAUCCUCCACGCCGUCGUGCAGGAGUAUCUACUGGACAAAAUCAACAGGCGACUCCAUCUGUCCAAGAGCAAGAACACCAAGUUCAACGAGUCGGGUCAACUUUGCGUGUUUCAUUUGGUGUCCAGCGUGUGGAGCUUCUACAUCCUGGUAACGGAAGGAUAUCUUCUACAUCCCAGCAGACUUUGGGAAAACUAUCCACAUGCUCACCUCAGGUUCCAGGUGAAGUUUUUCUACCUCACUCAGCUGGCCUACUGGCUCCAUGCUUUGCCUGAACUCUACUUCCAGAAAGUGCGCAAGGAGGAGAUGCCGCGACAGUUGCAGUACAUCGGCUUGUAUCUGAUGCACAUCUUGGCGGCGUACGUGCUAAAUUUGAACCGCGUGGGUUUGGUGCUGCUGUUCCUCCAGUACGUGUCCGAGCUGGGCUUCCACAUCGCCAGACUUUUCUACUUCACCGACGAGAACCACCAGAAAAUGUUUGACGUGUGGGCGGCCAGCUUCGUGAUUACUCGCAUGUCGACGCUCACGCUCAUGUUUCUCGCCGUCGGCUUCGGUCUGGCCCGCUGUGAGAAUCAGGGGCUGGACUGGGAGAGCGGGAACUUCAACACUUUGCUUAUACGGAUGAGCGUUCUUCUGCUGGUCUACCUGACGCAAUCUUGGCUCCUGUGGAAGUUUAUCCGUUUCCAGCUGAGGCGCUGGAGGGAAUUCCGACACGAGCAGGCCCUCCGCAAGAAGGCCGCCACCAAACAAUCCCUUCGGCCGAUGAAGCGAGACUCUCUUGGACAUUAUGAAAACGGAGUCCUAAAAGCCGAGAACGGGACGUCUCGGCUCAAGAAACUCAAAUCCCCUUAAGGAACCAAGCUGACUCAGCUGAGCAGUGGCCCCGGGUCCAAGCUGACAUCCCUGGACACAACACAUGGGAGGGGGGGGAGCCCCUGUAUCCCGGUCCGGUUCUACCCCAACGGGCUCCGGGGGGAAACUGCGAUUACAGACUUGAGCUUGAAUGCUGGAAAAUCAAAUGCAAAGGAAUUCCUUGAGCCCAAGAGACAUUUCCUCUCGUUUUUUUGGUUUUUGUUUUGUUUUUUUGUAAUACAUCCACAUGACCUGCUUUCCCACAUUAAGGAGCGCCGUUGAGUGCAAAAAUGCCAGAAAUGUGCACAGUGUGUAGCACGCUCCUGUGUAGCAACAUUUAAAUGUGUACAUGUAAUCCUCAUUACCAAGUACUGUAUUGCUCGUCCGAUUGCCGUUGAGCCAGCUUUGCUUCCUUUCCAGUCUGGUCCGUUGGAAGUCGCAAAAAAAAUGUUACUGAUAUUAACGUGAUACAUGUUUACUGUAAGACAGCGUAACUGAUAGCACGGAGACCCCUUUCCAAAAAAUGUGAAUAUCAUUAGAAAGUUCAUUCAAUAUGUUAAAACUUUCAGCGAUUAGAUUCAGGGCGCACAAUUUAUAUACAAAUAACCUACUUUAUUUUUACAUUGACCUUUUGAACUCAAAAAACCCACAAUCAGCAAAUCAAAACAUUAGCAUACUGUGAAGAAAUCACUAUUUAUGCAUUUAUGGGUUGAUUCAAAUCACUGAGGCAGUUGUAGAGCAUUAGCCUCACAGUUCGGAAGACCGGGGUUCAAAUCCCGGCCCCUCCAAUGUGGAGUUUUAAUGUUCUCCCUAUGCCUAUGUGGGUUUGCUCCUACAUUCAAUAAAAAAAAAAUGCAUUAAUUGGAGAUUCUAAAUUGUCCCUAGGUGUGAUCGUAAGAGGGACUGUUGUCUGUCUUUAUGUGCCACGCGAUUGGCUGGCAACCAGCUCAGGGUGUACCCCGCCUCCUGCCCGAUGACAGCCACCAGCACUCCCGUGACCCUCGUGAGGAUAAGCGGCUCAGAAAAUGGAUCGAUGAUGGAUUGAUUAAAGAACUCAGCCUAUAAAUGCAUAAGUAAAUGGUGAUUUGAAUUCCUGAUGUCAUGGGUCUGAGUUGAAAUUGUGGGCUCUGAAUCUACAAUUAUAAAAGUUUGAACUUUUUAAAUUCUCUCUAUGGCAAUAAAUGAAGCAUUCCAUGAUAUUCAAAUUUUGUGGAAAGGGUCUGUACCUGUGUAAGAUACUUGGGGAGGGGCCAGAUUCCCUCCCAAGGUUUCUGUCUCGCAUUUGUCACUUCCAGGUUCAUCAAGUUCCGGACCGCGUGCCAUUCCACAAAUUGUUCUGGUGUUCAAUAACUUGCCAUUUUCAGAAGAAAAAAAAAAGGUAGCCUCGUCUUUUUCUGUCACACAAAGCUUAGAAAAAAUAAACUCAAAAAAGACAUUUUUUAAAAA